AUGAUAGGACUUUGUAGUUUUAGAAAGUUUUUUUCGCAUUCAAUAAAGAGCACAAUUAAUGUAGCAAAGUAUAGUACAUUUAGAAAUACAUUAUCAAAUAAUGCCUCCUUUAAUAAAGCAGGACAACAACAAAGAAGAUUUCAAGAGGUAGUAUUUGGGGGUGCCUUUGAAUCUUUUGGUGUCACAAAUCAAAAUAAUAAACCACAAAUCGAUAGAAACCAAACUGUACAGUCCGAGGAUAAUGAGUAUGAUACAGGUUUUUUACCACAAAUUAAAAAAGAAAUCUUACCUUUACCAACCGAAAAUUCACAAAAAACAUUAGAAUUCAUGGCAGAACAUGAAGUAUCAUUAAAAUCAAAACAAGCAAUCCUUCCAGACCCAAUUAUUACAUUAGAUGAUGUUCCAUUCAACAAUAGAACAAAAGCAGAGUUAUUAAAAAGAUUUGAAGAACCAACACCAGUUCAAAGUUUAGGUUGGCCAAUUGCAUUAUCAGGUAGAGAUCUUUUAGCAGUUUCAAAAACCGGUUCAGGUAAAACAUUAUCAUUCAUCUUACCAGCCAUCCAACAUAUUUUAGAACAACCACGUCAAUCUGCUUACCAUGGACCAAAUGUACUUGUUGUAGCACCAACUCGUGAACUUGCAUGUCAAAUUGCAGAGGAAUCACGUGAAUUUCUUAUUGCCAAUAGAAUUAAUAAAGCACUCCUUUAUGGUGGUGAACCAAAAUCUAGUCAAGCUUAUCAAAUUAGAAACCAACCAAAGAUUAUUAUUGGUACACCAGGUAGAAUUUUAGAUUUCUAUGAUAGUGGAUCACUUCAACUCAAAAAUGUUUCAUACAUGGUCAUUGAUGAAGCCGAUCGUCUUUUAGAAAUGGGUUUCGGUGAAGAUAUGGAAAAAUUAUUCAGUUCAAUUCGUCCAGAUCGUCAAGUUCUCUAUUGGUCUGCUACAUGGCCAAAAAAAGUUUCACAAUUAGCCGAUAAAUACAUUAAAGAUCCAAUCCACCUUCAAAUUGGCUCAAGUGCACUCUCAGCAAAUAAAAAUAUAACACAAAAUUUUUCAAUUGUAGAAAGAGAAGCCGAUAAGGUAGAGAAGCUUUUAGAAACCCUUGAACAAAUUUAUAACAACAACGAGAAUGCCCGUACUCUUAUUUUUACAAUGACUAAAAAGGGCGCAGAAACUCUUUCAGACUUUUUGGGUAAAAAUGGUGACGUUAGAAUUGGCUGUCUUCAUGGUGACAAACCUCAACAAACCCGUUCAAAUAUUGUAAAUAGAUUCAAAGAAGGUAAAUUGGAUAUGGUAAUUGCAACUGAUAUCGCAUCAAGAGGUUUAGACAUUAAACAUAUUACCGAUGUUAUUAAUUUUUCAUUACCACCAAACUGUGAAACCUAUGUUCAUCGUAUUGGUCGUACUGCUAGAGCCGGUGCCUCUGGUACAUCACAUUCAAUUUUAUCAAGAGAAUCAAUUAACGACGUCGAAUUGAUUGGUGAUUUAAUAGAUUUAUUAAAACUCUCCGAUCAACAAAUACCUGAAGACUUUUUAGAAUUUAAAAAAAAUAAUAAAAAUAGCUAUGGAAACAAUAACAGAAGAAAUAAUAAUAAUAAUAAUAGAGGCUAUGGAAGAAGCAAUAACAGAAACAAUAACAGAAACAACAAUAGAAACAACAAUAGAGGCAACAACAAUAGAAACAGAAAAGAAUAUUAA